GUAGAUACUUCAAUACAUGUGAGGCAUCCCUCCAGAAACGUUCUGGUACCAUCUACUAUACAAUGCUUCUGUGCUGGCAUAUAAACGAUGCUCUGUGUUCUACUGUAUGCUAAGAGGAUAUUGCCACAUCUGCGUUCUCAGUGCCAGUUCACAAUCGCCAAUCAAGGCCCAGUCACCAUCUGUUUCUUGAUUUUGAGGAUGACUUCUUCACAGAGUCGUGUUGAACAGGGAUACAUUCGAAAAUACUGCAACAGACUGUUACAGAUUAAUGACUUCAGGCGGCUGUACGCCAUCCGCAGCUGGGGUAUUAUGGUCUAUGGCGGACUUCCAACAGCAUCUGUACAUAACGAGAAUGCCGCGGCAAUAGGCUUCGGACUCGACGCGAAGACAGCGACUUGAGUUUGCCCCCAGAAGGUUGACGGCAUUUCUUAGCUGCUCGAAUACGUCACAUCCGGCAUCACAAUCACUUUGAUACUGUAUAAAU